AUGCCACAAAAGGACAAGACCAAAGUCGCAGUCAUUGCUGACCAGAUCUUAUCCGAUCCUUUAUUUCCAUCCAACACCUCUUCAGAUAAAAGUGCAACUAGUAAAGAAGUCCAAACACAAAAGGAUCCAUUAGCGAGUCAAGUAUGGCGCAUGUACACAAAGGCAAAAGAUACCCUACCCAACGGCUCACGUCUCGAGAAUCUCACUUGGCGAAUGAUGGCCAUGUCGCUAAAGAGUAAAAAGAAGGAUGAUAAUAUCGAUGAAGGCGACGCUAUGGUUGUCGACGACACUCCUGAACCAGCACCUGCCACCUCGCAAACAAGUAUCGACAUUAGCACAUCAUCCACUGGGAAUCCACCCUCCCCUGAUGACACAGUUGGCUUGUUGUCAUCUUCAGCACCACCUUACAUGAUGGAUUUUCUACGAGAAGAGCAUGAGCGCAAAAAUGUCAUGGUGACAGGAAGCUCUCGUGCUGAUAUUAUGCAUCAAUACAUGCAAUCGUCGCAGCUUUCUACCGAAAAAAGUAUCACCAUCCCUUCGUAUGAUUUUAUGACCACUGCUGCAACAUCUCAAGAAGUACCAAGACAAACGCCAUUGGAUCAUCGUUCACCUUUACCUAUGUCAAGUGGAUAUACUCUACAAGAAUCAUUCACUCAUUCAUUGUACCAACAGCCUACCUUUGCUGCAGGAUCAGCGCCAAGUAGCAUUCAUGAACAACAACCACAUAUCUUAACGCAUCAAACAAUGUAUUCACCAUCUUCACCAUACCAUGAGUUUUCACCAAGAUCAUCUUCGCCUUCGACUCCAAUAUCUCAAGAGUAUUCCUCCUCGACGCAUGAACAAGUGCACGCGGGUAGCCUUAGUUUUGAAGAUUUACUUGCCCUAUUCUAUAAUAAUCAGCAGCCACAACAGACAACAGGAUCGGUGGGGGAACCUUCAUGCAUGUCACCAACACCAUCACCUCCACCUUUUAUGCAGCAACAUCCUUCCCCAUCAUCACCAGCUAAGCAACAUCAGGAGUAUCACACUAGCAGUAAUGAUAUUACCAGACAAAGUAUGACGUCAACAUCGACAUCCACACCACUACAACAGCGUAAACUAUCAAGCAGUAAAGAAAACAACGCGAUAAAGUGCUCCAACUGUAGUACGACAACCACCCCACUUUGGCGUCGUGAUCCACAAGGACAGCCUUUGUGUAACGCUUGUGGUCUUUUUCUGAAAUUGCAUGGUGUGGUACGACCUCUAAGUCUCAAGACCGAUGUUAUCAAGAAACGCAAUCGUGCCAGUGCCAGUGCGGCCAAUGGCGCAAAACAAAAAGCCAAAUCUACCAACACUAAAUCAUCAGAUGCAAUACAACAACAUCAUCAUCAUCGACGUAGUCUUGGUGCAGCCAACAUUGCACCCAACAACAGCAGCCAUCAUCAGCAUAGCAAUAGCACCAGCAGCAGUAAUGCUACCCAAAGCAAACGACAACGUCGAUUACCAUCACUCACUCCUUCUUCUUCAUCAUCCCCUCCACUUGCACCUUUUGUUGAUAAUUCUUUUACGAGUGGAUCAACACCAACACACCAACAAUCAUUCAUAUCUUCAUCACCCGUUGGCUCCAAUUCUUCUCUAUCUACCACAGCACCGUUACCACCUGAUGUCUAUGCCGUAUUGCAAUCCAUCGGCACCCAGCUUAGUAGCUUGCCUGCAGAAAUUUUGCCUUUGAUUGCUUCUGCUGCCAAUUACCAUGCCGUCAACAAGCAACGUCAACAACAACAACAACAACAGCAAAGCGAUCUCAAUACAAUGAUCCAACAUGCGUUGCAGCAACAACAAUCAUCAAGCUCAUCAUCUCAACCUUGA